GUGACGCCCGCGAUCGCGGGCCUGUCCCCCGGGCCGCACGGCCUGAACGUCCACGUCAACGGCGACGUGAGCUGCGACGACGGCGCGUGCACGGGGGAGAGCUUCAACCCGCAAGAACGCCCGCACGGAGGUCCGAACUCGUUGAAAAAGUUUGGCGCCUCCGCGUGUCACUUCGUCGGCGAGGGGUGCCUGCUGUGGCGGCACAUCGGCGAUCUGGGGAACGUCGUCGCGGACGAGACCGGGGCGGUCGGCGGGACGUUCAAGGACCAGUACGUCAGCCUGAGAGACGGGAAGGAGAACAGCAUCGCGGGGCGGUCGGUGGUGGUGCGCGCGCGCGCGGACGAC